GUCCAAAAUGCAUGAACUUCCCGGAAACAACGCGAAUAAGCACAAUAAGAGGAGGUGCGCCUAUAUAUCUGGCAGUCUGUCCUAAUUGGGCCUCUGGUUCAUGUGGUACGUGAAAGCUCACUCACACACAAAAUUACAAGCCACUCAAAACCACCGCAUUUCCUUUCUCUCUGUUUCUCUCAUUUCCCAAGAACAAUGGCUGAAAAUGAUUCGCUUGCUCUGUUCUUGGCCUCUGCAGUUGAUGCGGCCAAGAAAGCUGGACAGCUAAUUCGAAAAGGGUUCUACGAGAUUAAGCAUGUGGAGCAUAAAGGCCAGGUGGAUUUGGUCACAGAAACUGAUAAGGCGUGUGAAGAGCUCAUAUUUAAUCAUCUCAAGCAGCUGUAUCCCACACAUAAGUUCAUUGGGGAAGAAACUACUGCUGCUUGUGGUGUAACGGAGCUGACUGAUGAUCCAACAUGGAUAGUGGAUCCCCUGGAUGGCACCACCAACUUUGUCCAUGGGUUCCCUUUUGUCUGUGUCUCAAUUGGUCUUACUAUUGGAAAGAUUCCAACAGUUGGUGUUGUUUAUAAUCCAAUUAUUGAUGAGCUUUUUACUGGUAUCCGUGGAGGAGGUGCAUUUCUGAAUGAAAAGCCUAUAAAAGUGUCAUCUCAAAGUGAACUUGUGAAGUCUCUCCUUGCAACUGAGGCUGGAACAAAACGUGAUAAUUUAACUGUGGAUGCUACUACAGGGAGACUAAAUAGCUUGCUUUUCAAGGUGAGAUCGCUCCGGAUGACUGGCUCUUGUGCACUGAACCUCUGUGGGAUUGCAUGUGGGAGGCUUGAUCUUUUUUAUGAACUCGGCUUUGGGGGUCCUUGGGAUGUGGCAGGUGGUGCUGUGAUUGUUACAGAAGCUGGAGGAUCUGUGUAUGACCCAUCCGGUAAGGACUUUGACAUCACAUCGCAAAGAGUAGCAGCAUCUAACCCUCUGCUUAAGGAUGCCUUUGUUAAGGCUUUGCAGGAAUCAGAAUGAGAUGGCUUGUAUGGCAAUAUCAAAUCUUUUAAGUUAUUUAUUCUUCUCAAGCUCCGAUCUCUUGCUUUGUUCACAUCUUUGCAAAGAGAAUAUUGAAAUUGUAUUUAGGGCUGAGUCAAUGCCCAAUUAGUUGGUGAAAGUAUUGAGCUGACAGAUGGUUGGUAAUCUACUCCUCAACACUUUAUGUGCUAGUUCUUGCUACAUAUGACAUUUGGUGAUGUUUAGAUUACAUAAAGAUAUCUGCUGAAUUAGAAGAGUU